CAUUUAGGCCACUCACUCAACUCAGCCUCUCAACAAAACUCACAAAAAAGCCAAAGGAAUUCUUCAAAUGGCCGAUCAUUAACCAUUCGAAUUCCGUUUUCGUCUCAUUUGAACCAAACCCUAACAUCUACCAUCAAUGGAUUCCAUCUCUGUCGCCGCUACCUCUGCCAAGAAACACGCCGCCAGCGGCGGCCAAGCCCUUCUUUUGGGGCGCUUCGAGGUCGGAAAACUCCUCGGUCACGGCACUUUCGCGAAAGUGUACCACGCGCGCAACGUCAAAUCCGGUGAAAGCGUAGCCAUCAAAGUGAUCGACAAGGAGAAGAUUCUCAAAAGCGGCUUAAUCGCUCACAUCAAGCGCGAAAUCUCCAUCCUCCGCCGCGUGCGCCACCCGAAUAUCGUGCAACUCUUCGAAGUCAUGGCCACGAAAACUAAGAUCUACUUCGUCAUGGAAUUCGUCCGUGGCGGUGAGCUCUUCAACAAAGUAGCCAAAGGUCGAUUGAAAGAAGACGUCGCCAGGAAAUAUUUUCAGCAAUUAGUCUCGGCCGUCCGUUUCUGCCACUCUCGCGGCGUUUACCACCGAGACCUGAAGCCCGAGAAUCUGCUCCUCGAUGAAAACGGGGAUUUGAAAGUCUCCGAUUUCGGGUUGAGCGCGGUUUCGGAUCAGAUCCGGCAAGACGGUUUGUUCCAUACGUUUUGUGGGACGCCGGCCUACGUGGCACCCGAAGUAUUGGCGAAGAAAGGAUACGAUGCGGCGAAAGUAGAUAUCUGGUCUUGCGGAGUGAUUUUGUUCGUUCUAAUGGCUGGGUAUUUACCGUUUCAAGAUCAGAACAUCAUGGCUAUGUAUAAGAAGAUUUACAAGGGUGACUUCAGGUGUCCGAGAUGGUUUUCACCUGAGUUAAUUCGGUUACUCACCAAGCUUCUGGACACGAACCAAGAAACGAGAAUAACAAUUCCAGAAAUCAUGGAGAGGCGUUGGUUCAAAAAGGGAUUUAAACAUAUUAGAUUUUACAUUGAAGAUGAUAAACUUUGCAGCGUUGAGGAUGAUGAUAAUGAUGCGUGUUCAGAGUCAUCGAUGUCUGAAUCCGAAACAGAGAUGGAACCCAGGAGGAAAGUUGGCACAUUGCCCAGACCAGCUAGUUUAAAUGCAUUUGAUAUUAUUUCAUUCUCCCCGGGGUUCAAUUUAUCUGGAUUGUUUGAGGAAGGAGAGGAAGGGUCCCGGUAUGUCUCCGGUGCGCCGGUUUCGAAAAUCAUAUCGAAAUUGGAGGAGAUAGCGAAUUUGGUUAGUUUCACAGUGAGGAAAAAGGAUUGCAGAGUGAGCUUGGAGGGUUCUAGAGAAGGAGUCAAAGGGCGAUUGUCGAUUGCAGCUGAGAUAUUCGAGUUAACGCCUUCUUUGGUCGUUGUGGAAGUGAAGAAGAAAGGAGGGGAACGAGGAGAGUAUGAGGAUUUCUGUAACAGGGAAUUGAAGCCCGGGUUAGAGAAAUUGAUGGCGGAGGAAUUACAAUCAAGUGCCGCAGCUUCGCCUGCCGGUGCAUCGUAUUUACCUUCCGAUACGGAUUAGAGAGACGGGAUGAAGAAAAAAGGGUAAGCUUUUCUCUUUGUCUUUUGUAUCAUAAAGAGCUUCUUCUUCUUCUUUUAAUCUUUCGUGUGUGUUCUUGUUUUUGUUGUGCUACUUAGAAGGUGCUUCAGAUAACAUGAUAUAUAUAUUUAUACCAUCUGUUCUUGUAUCGAGAUGAAUAUUUUAGAUUACAGAGAAUUGAAUACAGGUUUAUACUAAUCUUUGCUAUUUGUUGUUUGUCUUGUAUAUUCCCAUCAACUUUAUUGUGAAAUGAAUUGAUGAUUUAUUUAAUUUAA